AUGAGUGGACCAUCGUCGACAGUUAAUUCUCAACGUCCCCAUCAUCCCCCAACGUCUCAUCAUGACACGCUGAAUGACGUUCAACAAGAUAGCGAUCGAGAAAGAAUUAAAUUUAUUCUCGAUACAUUCGUGACGAAUUUUGGUGACGGUAUGCAUCAAAACCCGAAAGGGUGGCGUGGUCGUUUUCGUAAGAUGGCAUCGGACGAGUUUGCAUUUUAUCGCGGAUCAGCGGUACUUUUCUAUCGUGAUCUUCUACAAAAUGUUUCUGAGGAUGUCUGGUUGAAGAACAAUAAAUCUGCAUUGAAUAUCUUCAUUCAUGGUGAUCUUCAUGCGGAGAACUUCGGCACGUAUAUUGAUCGUUUCGGUCGAAUUAACUUCGAUGUCAAUGAUUUUGAUGAAGGCUACAUUGGACCGUUUACUUGGGAUAUAAAGCGUUUACUUGCAAGUUUAAAUUUGAUCAUGUUUGCUAAAGCAUAUUGUGAUGCCAAAAUCGAGAAAAUCCUUGAAACUGUUGUUCGUUCUUAUUUAAAACAGAUCUAUGGUUAUUGUGACACGCCUGAACAGCAUCUUGUUCCGAUAACGCACGAGAAUACGGAAGGACCAGUAAAUAUCUUGAUCAAAGAAUCGCGUUUAGGUUCGAAAGAAGAUCAUUUAAACACGAUGACAUAUAUUGAAGAUUAUCAACGAAAAUUUAUUCGUUCAAAGAUCGUUAAAGAUGUUGAUGAUACUUUACGUCAUCAGAUAUUACUUGCUUUUCAAGACUAUGUACGGACAAUACCUGAAAGUAAAAGAGAAUCAACAAUGACAUACCGUGUUAAAGAUAUUGUUGCACGUUCUUCGCCGGGAAUUGGUUCUGCAGGCGCGAUAUCUUACAAUGUUCUAAUAGAAGGACGAACUGAAGCGUUAGAAACUGAUGUUGUCAUAUAUAUGAAACCAGCAACAAAAUCAGCAGUGGCCACCGUUAUCAACAAUCCAGAUGUAGAACAAUAUUUUAAACAUGACGGUCUUCGAACAGUUCUUUGCGCAUACGCUAUGCAUGCCGUGACAACACGAUGGUUAGGUUAUUCGACAUUAAACAAUGAGGUGCCAUUGUUUGUCGAUGAAAUUGCAACGCAUGGUAAAGAUCUCGAUUGGACAGAUAUUAAUGAUCUGGAAGAAAUUCGACAAACAGCAGAGAUCUUAGGAAAAGCAAUGGCCAAAAUUCAUUGCGCUGCUGACGUGGAUUCGAUUGAUAGAGAGAAACAUGGAGCACAGCAUACAGAUUUGAUACCUUUUGGUAUCAUACCGAGACAUUCGGAGGUAGUUAUUCGCGAUGCGAUUGCAGGACGUGACGAAGAAUUUGUCAAAGAUAUGGUCUCAUUCGGAAUGGCGUAUGGUAAUGCUACUCGACGCGAUCAUCGACUCUUUUUCGAAGCAUUCCGCAAUGAGCAGAUUCCCAUACUCGAUGAACAUCAAGACGAGUCAGCUCAAAAGCAACAGGAUUCAUCUGCUGCGCAACAAAAUGGGCAAUGA